UUAAAUAGUAUAAAUGGAGAUGCUGCUUGGAAGAGAUAAAUUGAUAAAAUAGUAUAUUCUUAAGUAGUAUAAAUAUUUCUUUAUUUUUUGGCUUCCCAUUUAAGAGUUGCUCCUAGGCAGUGUAUCUUCUCGUGUUUGUUUUCUGUCCGUCUCUCAAUCAAGAAAUGGCGAAAACAAAGGAGGCUGCCUUCAUUGGCUCCAUUGAUCAAGGCACAAGCAGCACCAGAUUCAUCAUCUAUGACCGUGACUGUCGCUGUGUUGGAUCUCACCAGGUUGAGUUCACCCAGCUCUAUCCUCAAGCCGGAUGGGUGGAGCAUGACCCAAUGGAAAUACUGGAGAGUGUGAAGGUGUGCAUGGCAAAGGCAGUGGACAAGGCUUCAGCAGAGGGGCAUAAUGUGGACGCUGCUUUGAAGGCUAUUGGUUUGACUAAUCAGAGAGAAACUACUCUUGUUUGGAGCAAAUCCACUGGUCGUCCCUUCUAUAAUGCCAUUGUUUGGAUGGAUGUUCGCACCACUUCUGUUUGCAGGAGGCUGGAGAAAGAAAUGCCAGGAGGAAGGACUCAUUUCGUUGAGACAUGCGGAUUGCCAAUUAGCACUUAUUUCAGUGCCAUGAAGUUAAUCUGGUUGAUGGAAAAUGUGGAUUUGGUUAAAGAAGGUAUCGAGAAGAAAGAUGCUUUGUUUGGAACGGUAGAUUCUUGGUUGAUCUGGAAUUUAACUGGCGGAGUAAAGGGUGGCUUACACGUGACUGAUGUCUCUAAUGCAUCUCGAACCAUGCUCAUGAAUCUGAAGACUCUUGAUUGGGAUAAACCUACAUUAGAAACCCUGAAAAUCCCAGCUGAAAUUCUUCCAAAAAUUAUCAGUAAUUCUGAGAUUAUUGGAAAGGUCACAGAGGGAUGGCCGCUUGUUGGUUUCCCAAUUGCUGGAUGUCUUGGUGACCAACACGCUGCGAUGGUCGGGCAAGCUUGUAAAAAGGGUGAGGCUAAGAGCACUUAUGGAACUGGUGCUUUUAUACUCCGCAACACCGGUGAGGAGGUGGUACAGUCAACGCAUGGGCUUCUAACCACCUUGGCGUUUAAGCUUGGCUCAAAAGCGCCAGCAAACUAUGCACUUGAAGGCUCAAUUGCUAUUGCUGGGGCUGCAGUUCAAUGGCUCAGAGAUAGUCUUGGAAUAAUUAAAAGCGCUAGUGAAAUCGAGGAACUGGCAUCUCAGGCUGACACAACUGGCGGGGUUUAUUUUGUUCCUGCCUUCAAUGGCUUGUUUGCUCCAUGGUGGCGUGAUGAUGCUCGUGGGGUUUGUAUUGGGAUCACAAGGUUUACAAGCAAGGCUCACAUUGCUCGAGCUGUGCUUGAGAGCAUGUGUUUUCAAGUGAAGGAUGUGUUGGAUUCCAUGCAUAAAGAUGCCGCAGGUUCUGAGGAGGGAGAAUUCUUGCUUAGGGUGGAUGGUGGUGCUACUGUCAACAACCUCUUGAUGCAGAUUCAGGCUGACUUGCUAGGGAGCCCUGUGGUGAGACCUGCUGAUAUCGAGACAACAGCCCUCGGAGCAGCCUAUGCUGCAGGUUUAGCUGUCGGGGUUUGGACAGAGGAAGAGAUUUUCGCUUCUGGAGAGAAGUCCAAGUCUGACACCACUUUCCGUCCCAAACUAAAUGAGGAGCUGAGGAAGAAGAAGGUGGAUUCGUGGUUCAAAGCUGUUGAAAGGACUUUUGACCUGGCUGAUCUUUCCAUUUGACGCUUUUUAUUAAUUACGCUUCCAUCCUAUCUUUUCAUUCGCAUUUCGAUCCUUAUCUUUGUUACAAGCUUAAUAAUUUUAACCGACAGUUUAAUCCUAUCUGUAAUUUCUAUUAUAUGAUCAAUUUCUGUACGCUAAAAUCAGCUGGCCAUCCUGGAAAUUUAUGGGGUUCAGCUGGUUGCCUGCAACUCUGUAACCUGUGCAAGUCCUGUAUCCCCAAGGUUCAUCAACCCUUGGGGUGUGUUUGGUAGUUCGGUAGUGCAUGGACAGCGUUUAUCAGAGUACA